ACCUCUUCCCUCACCCACCCUAUUUCCCUCUCUCUCUCUAAAAUCUCUCUCUACAUUUUUUUUUAUAUAUAGAGACACCCCCUUUCUCUUUUCGUCCGAUUCUUUUGUUCUUCAUCCUCUCUCUUCACAGGUCUCUUCCGUAAAUAUUUUUUACCCAUCGGAAGAUGUCCGUCCAUUAGCUUAGCUUAGGGUUUUGUUCUUUGAUCUAGUUUUUAUUUUUUUUGUUUCUUUUGUAAACUCGAGUUUCUUUCACGUUUCUUGAAUUUGUCAUCGGCUGAAAUUAUGAGAGGGGCGGUUGUUGAGCAAACUCAUGUGGUGGAGAGGAGUGAGGAUGCGGAUAGUAAUAAGAAGAAGAAGCGCCGAUCCAAUCGACGAUCCAAGCAGAAUUCUUCCGUUUCUGCCUGUAGUUCAGUAGAUGAACUUCCUGCAGAUUCAUCAGAAGUUGUGGGGGGAAGUGGCACAUCAAACGAGCAACAACUGCCCAGAGCGUCUAAUAUUGCUUUUAAUUCUUUGCCAACUAUGCGUGUGAAUGAACAAGCGGCAACACAGGAGGGUAUAAGUAUGCAAAACCAGCAUUUUUUUCCAUCCGAUUUUGGUGAUCGAAUGUAUUCAAAAUCAUGUCCUGUGACGGUUACUUGUGAGGAGUCAAUAGGGUCAAUUGGGAAUAAGGAAUCUCUUCUGCCUCAUCAGAGAAAUUUUUUUGCUCCGCACUGGUCCAGUGAAUCUGUUAAUGAGGCAUUAGAGAAAGGUCAUGUCUUUAAAGCGUUAUUUCGGGUGAAUGCUCACAAUAGACUUGAGGCCUAUUGCAAAAUCGAUGGAGUUCAAACGGAUAUUCUCGUUAAUGGAAUUGCAGCACAGAAUAGAGCUGUGGAAGGAGACAUUGUUGCAAUUAAAGUUGAUCAUUUCUCAUCAUGGAUAAAGAUGAAAGGGUCUGCUGGAACUGUUGACAAUUCUGGCCCGUCGGAUGAUAAUAACUCUGCCUGUCAAGUCUCUGAGUUGGCUCGCGAUAGCUCCAAAGGAAAGAAUAAGGUAGAUGCGGCUUAUGAGUGUGUAAAUGGUACAAAUUGCUCACUUAUUGAAGAGAAGGGGUUUUGUAAUGUGAGUUUUACUCCCACCGGUGCAGAUGCUGGUCUACGACUCAUUGGACAAUGCACAUCUGUGUCAGGUUAUCGUUAUAGUCCUGUUAAUGGACAUUGUCCUUCUGCUCUGGAUCCUUUGCAUACAGUUAGAUCUAGUGACCGUGAUGAUAUUCCUAAUUCGGUGGAGAAGUUGUGUGCGACAAUGAGCUCAUUCCCUUCAAAAAGACCAACCGGCAGAGUUGUGGCCAUUAUGGAAAGAUCUCCUCGUCGUGAUACUAUUGUUGGUUUUCUUAGUGUUAGUCAGGGCCUUGCUAAUAAAGAAGUUUUAAAAAAUGAAAGGAAGAAAAAGAGUUCAUUAUUACCUCCCAACCUGGAGUACAUCAUUUUGACACCGAUAGACCCAAAGUUUCCAAAAAUGACGGUAUGUUUGCGAGACCUUCCUAAAGCCAUUAGGAAAAGGUUGGAAGAUAGUGAUCAAACAAUUGAAAUGGAAAUUGUGGGUGCACGAAUUGGCGAUUGGAGUGAAGGAAAUUAUGCCCCGCAAGCUUGUGUCAUGCAUAUUUUUGGGAGGGGUGGAGAGAUCGAACCACAUAUUUCUGCAAUAUUAUUUGAAAAUGCAAUCCCUUCUUCUGAAUUUUCAGCUGAAUCACUUUCUUGUAUUCCAUCUUUUCCUUGGGAGGUGCCACCUGAGGAAUUAAAGAGAAGAAGAGAUCUAAGAAAUUUGUGCAUAUUUACUAUUGACCCCUCCACUGCUACAGAUCUUGAUGAUGCGUUAUCAGUUGAAAGGCUUUCCAGUGGUGUUUUCAGAGUCGGUGUGCACAUAGCUGAUGUAUCAUAUUUUGUUCUACCGAACACGGCAUUAGACAUGGAAGCUCAGUUUCGAUCUACUAGUGUCUAUCUACUGCGGGGUAAGUUACCUAUGUUGCCCCCAUUGCUUUCAGAGAAUGUAGUGUCUCUUAAUCCUGGAGUAGACCGACUUGCCUUCUCAGUUUUGUGGGACAUAAAUCUUAAUGGUGAGAUUGUGGAUCAGUGGAUUGGCCGCACUGUCAUACGAUCUUGUUGCAAACUCUCCUAUGAAAAUGCUCAGGACAUCAUUGAUGGGUUGUUUGAUGUGGGGAGUUUUAAUCCUGCAGAAGAUGGUGUCCCUCAGUUGCAUGAUCACUUCCACUGGUCUGAUGUUAAAAUUUCUGUGAAAUGCCUUAAUGAGAUUUCCCUAAAAUUGAAGGAGAAGAGAUUUGAUGAUGGGGCAUUGCGUCUAGAAAGCUCCAAACUGGUUUUCUUAUUUGAUGAAGAUGGAACUCCUUACGACGGUAUACUUUCGGAAAGGAAGGACUCAAAUUUCCUUGUUGAGGAGUUUAUGCUUUUGGCCAACAGGAACGCUGCAGAAGUAAUAUUUAGAGCUUAUCCGGAUUGUGCAUUGUUGCGCAGGCAUCCUGAUCCUAACUUGAGGAAGCUUAGAGAGUUUCAAGCUUUUUGUAAAAAACAUGGUUUUGAAUUGGACACUUCUUCUUCCGGUCAGCUUCAUCGUUCAUUAGAGAAGAUAAGAGACGCACUCAAGAAUGAUCCUGUUUUGUUUAAUAUUCUUGUCUCGUACGCUACGAAACCAAUGCAGUUGGCAGGAUACUUUUGUAGCGGAGAUCUGGAAGGAGAAAAUUAUUGGGGGCACUAUGCUUUGGCUGUUCCACUCUACACCCAUUUCACUUCACCACUGCGUAGGUAUCCGGAUAUUGUAGUACACCGGACAUUAGCUGCCAUAACUGAAGCUGAAGAGUGGUAUUUGAAGCACAGAAGAGCGUCGCAAAAACUAAACAAUGGGAAGGAAUUGAUAAGAAGAUGCUUCAGUGGUACUUGUUUUGAUAAGGACGCAGCAGUAUCAAUUGAAGGUCAGGAAGCGUUAUCUGCUGCAGCAUCAAAAUAUGGAGUUCCAUGCACCGAAGCACUUGCAGACAUUGCUGCUCAUUGCAAUGAGAGGAAGCUGGCCAGUAGGCAUGUCAAGGAUGCUAGUGAUAAACUCGUCAUGUGGUUUCUUCUCAGGAAAAAGGAGAUUUUGUUGACUGAAGCAAGGGUACUGGGUCUGGGACCAAGAUUCAUGUCAAUAUAUGUUCCCAAGUUAGCUAUUGAGCGGCGCAUCUAUUACGAUGAAGUUGAAGACCUAACAGCGGAAUGGCUUGAUAAUACGUCAACAUUGGUGCUCAAUUUAUCUUCACAUAAGCGCUUCCAGCGGAGAGGUAGCCCGGGUAAAUGGAGGACAGCUGAAGAUGUUGCCCUAAUUACCUGUCCAUUAGAGUUGGCUUUGGAUUUCCCGGGAGAUGGUGGUAACAAUGGCUGCUCAGAGGAGAAUAUUGAACAGAAAAUUUGCUGUGCAUCACAAAUAGCAGUACAAAACACUAGUAUAGCAUCGCUGGAUCCAGCACCUGGUUUAAUAUCUGGCAUUUCAGAUGCUAUUGAAGUCAAACCUGCUGUAUUCCCGCUCACGGUGCAACUCCUCUCAACAAUACCUGUCGCUCUUCAUGCAGUUGGUGGGGAUGAUGGGCCACUUGAUAUAGGGGCAAGACUGUACAUGAGCUCAUAUUUUCGGUAAGUUGGAGUUUGGGGAGUCAUAUUAGGCUGUGUUUGGAUAUUGGAUCUGUGAGAGGGCUUUGCGGAAGGAAAAGAACAGCAAAAGGGGAAAAAGAAAUGGCUUCAUGUACAUUUUUUCCCCCUUAUUCCUAAUGCUAGUGUCUCCAUAAAUCCAAGAUGCAAACGCAGCCUAAUUGUUGGUAUGGCGGUUCUAGGAUGUUGAAACAGAGUUUCUUUGGAACGGAAUCUCAGUUGUAGAUAUGGUGUAGUCUACAGUUCAAGUAGGUUUGGAAAUUGAAAACCUGUGGCUGACGCUGUUGGUUCAAAUACUGGAUAUACGUCAGUGGGAGAAGUACCACUUGGUGGCUGUUUUUAGUCAAAGCUACUUGUUGGAAUAGGCCCUUGUUUUUGUUGGGCAUUUCCGUCCAGUAUAACUUGGUUUGACUGUGCCUUUAUCCGGUGUUUCAAUGCGGUGCAUCGGAGUCUAAUAACCCGUUUUAUCUCAAGUUUAGCUUUGUUGGACUUUAACCCAAUUAGUUUUAAUGUUGGGUAUCCUAUUGUAGUUAAGUUGAUCUUGUAUGCUUCCGAGACAGUGGUUCACUUUUGGCUGUCUAAGGGAGUUGACUCUGUGGUAAUCUUCUUCUAGUUUCAAUAUCAUGGCUUUGGUUUUCCUCGAGGUGAAAAAGAUGGGUUUGUAGACCCUGUUUCAAAAGUUAUGUUAUAAUUUGUAUUGAUUAAAUGAGCUUGAGCAAAA